AUGUCGCACUCUUCGUACGGCACAUGGCGCCGCUUGCUCGAAGAGCACAAAGCUUCAUUCGAGAACAUCGGGCAUCCUAUCCCAUCAGAGAUUGUCAACGAAAGUGCCUUUCGCUUCCACUUUGAGACUCUUUGCCGCGAAUACGGAGACAAAUAUCCUGCGCGUGCGCUGUCCAAGAUCCACAGUAAUGGCGUCGAUAGCUACGCUUGUGCCAUUGAUACGGCGUUGGGCUUGAAUCCGCCCAACACACUGGCUGGCCUGACGUAUGGUGGCCUCUUCGCUGUUACCCAGGUCUGA